UCGGCACUAUCGGCACAGCUCUGGCGUUCACAACAAAAUAUACACAAAUUAAAUUGUUUAAGCCGAAUUUUCGAUUGGAUUCCACGGCGACUAGAUGAGCUCCACGCGUCCGUUUUGCUUCGUUUGCGGCAAGGAGAAGUCCGUGGGGGUGUUCCAGCUGAUAGAAGGCUGCAUUGUGCCAGGAACCUUUAAGCCCAUCAAGGAUAUACUGAAAUACUUCGAGAAGAUCAUAAACCAGCGGCUGGAGCUCCUGCCCAACUCGGCCGCCUGCCGGGACUGCCUGGAGUACCUCUUCAACUACGACAGGCUGGUGAGGAAUCUCAGCCAAGUGCAGCGCCAGAUUGCGGACGCACUGCUCGGCUGCAGGCAGGUGGAGGGCAAGGCGGAGACCAAGCAACAGGCGGCAAAGAGGGCCCGCGUCCAGGUGCCGGCCUUCAAGAUCGUCCAGGCCACCGCCCUCAAGGAGCCCGAAAGGCAGCCGGGCGAGGAGGAUGAGUGCGAGGAAUUCAUGAAGGAGGAGAUGCUGGACGAGGAGUUCCAGUUCAGCGAGCCGGACGACAGCAUGCCGUCGUCGGAGGAGGAGUUCUUCACCGAGACCACCGAGAUACCCUGCCAUAUCUGCGGCGAGAUGUUUUCCAGCCAGGAGGUGCUCGAGCGGCACAUCAAGGCGGACACCUGCCAGAAGAGCGAGCAGGCCACCUGCAACGUGUGUGGCUUGAAAGUGAAGGACGACGAGGUACUCGAUCUGCAUAUGAACUUGCACGAGGGCAAAACAGAACUUGAAUGCCGCUACUGCGACAAAAAGUUCUCGCACAAGCGGAACGUCCUGCGCCACAUGGAGGUGCACUGGGACAAGAAGAAGUACCAGUGCGACAAGUGCGGCGAACGCUUCUCGCUCUCCUGGCUGAUGUACAACCAUCUGAUGCGCCACGACGCCGAGGAGAACGCCCUGAUCUGCGAGGUGUGCCACCAGCAGUUCAAGACCAAGCGCACCUACAAGCACCACUUGCGCACCCACCAGACGGACCGGCCGCGCUACCCCUGCCCCGACUGCGAGAAAUCGUUCGUGGACAAGUACACCCUGAAGGUGCACAAGCGGGUCCACCAGCCGGUCGAGAAGCCAGAGUCGGCGGAGGCCAAGGAAGCCACCGUCACGUUCUUUUAGGGUAGUCCUUUGCUAGAUUAAUCUAAGAAGCCCAGCUCAUGGGUGCAUUAGCGCGCGUAUGUAUCAUAAAAUUAAAUCUAAACAAUUAUUGACGGAAAGUACCAGUUCUUUGCCGUUCUUCGCCCAUUUUCCAGGAACCCCAGUAGGUAAAGUAGCGGAUUUCGCGAAUUUUCGCGGGUAUGGCAAUAAAACAGGCAGAUGUUUUUUAAUCCCCAAAAUAGGUCCUUUCUACCUGUGCGCUUGGCAAAGUAUAUAAAGGUGUUGCGUCGUCCGCCAGAACUUAGUUGAACAUUUCUGUUUCCCGGAGCACAUCUGAUAGAACAGCAUGGAACAGCUAUUGGCCCAAUUACACACUUGCAGUGAGCUGAUUGCAGAGGGCUACAGCAGCACCGGCAACAUUGGCUGGCUGAACGAGUUCUGCGCCACUUUCCUGGACUUCGCCAGCGAUCUGAAGGCUAGGCUGCCGGAGGUGGCGCCCAGUGGCGCAAACCUUGAUGUGGAGACCAUCUUCCUGUGCCUCACCCAGGUGGUAACCUGCAUCACCCACCUAGAGCGGACCAUCAGCAUGGAGGCACCGCAUAUGACCAGGCAGCACUUCCUCGACCGCUUGGACUGGUGCUUGCGGCGACUGCUCGUCUCCUUGACGCAACUGGAAGGCAACGUGACCCCAGUCAAGAACCUAGAGGAUCACUCCUUCGUUGAGCUCAUGGACCUGGCUCUGGACCACUUGGAUGACUACAUGGAGAAGCUGGCCCAGCAGAGAAACAACUCGCUGCACAUUCUAGAAGAGAGCUUCACGGAAGACACCUACCAGCUGGCCAGCAUAGUUAAUCACAUCGUUCGCCACGCCCUGGCCUUUGCCAAUGUGGCCAUUCAUUCGGACAAGAAGGCUUUGACGGCUUUGUGCGAGACCUUGCUCGCCGAAUGUGCCACUUUCCACGAGGAGGCGGGCGAGCCCAACAGUGGUCAUCGGAAGCUGGAGGCCCUCUCCCUGGAACGUGCCCUCUAUGCCCUGGAAUCCUUUCUCAAUGAGGCGCUGCUGCACUUGCUGUUCGUCAGUCUGAUAGAUCUGGAAAACGCUUCGGUGGAGAAGCUAAAGGAUGCACUGCAAAGGGAUCCUGCGGGAGCUCAGGAGCUAAUCUCCGCAUUCGACACGAACAUGGAUCGCAUUCAGCAGAUUGGGGUUCUGGCCAUAGCCUUCUCGCAGGACAUCAAAACGAAGACGAUUGUCAGGAGCUGCCUGGCCUCACUGGAAUCCCUGGAUGCGUGCAUUGUGCCCGCUCUCCAGCUGCCAGAGUCCACUUCAUCCGCACACCACGCGGAGGUCUUGCAGGAGCAUUUUAACCAGGAGCUGCUGAUCUUUAGGAACGUCAUCCACGAAAUCAUCGAUAGCUGCUCCCUGAUCAACAACUACCUGGACAUGCUGGGCGAGAGGAUCCACGUACAGGACAAAAGCCAUCUGAAGCUGAUUGUCCAGAGGGGCGGAGUGGUGGUGGAUCACUUUCGGCUGCCCGUCAAUUACUCGGGACUCAGUGAAGAUGGCAAGCGGGUGCACAAGGACCUCAUUCUGAUCCUGCGCGAGUGCCAGGCCGUGGUCAACCUGGACGUCCCAGUGGAUCCCAAGCGCAUCGUGAAGCGCCUUAAGAUACUGUACUCCGUGCUGGCCAAGCUGAGGGACUUGAUAUGCAGGGAUAAUCUGGAGCCCGAUUCCUCAGUUGCUUCCGAAGCUCAAGUGCCCUCAAGUGCAACCCGAACUUUUGUGCGGAGCAGUCGAUCCUUUGGCAAACGGCAUCGAUCCUUUGUAAAACAAACCGGAAAUUGCUCAGUUUUCGGGCCACAGGACUCACUUGCUGAAUCCGGACACAGCGAAAGCGAUCUUAUUAGUUUCCAAAUCACUGAGAUUCUUAGGUUAGAUUGAGUGGGGCGAGCCAUAUUCUAAAUACGCGGGCUUAUCUGUAUGAGAUUUUUUUUAAUACUUCAUUGGCUUGAAGUGCUUAAUUAAGAUUAAACAUAUCCUUACAAAGAUUCUAAUUAGCUACCUAAGUCAAUUGUGUUCUUUACACUUAUGUAAUUACUUCAUUAAGUUGAAGCCAUUCGCAUAAUUUAUAUAAAAUACAAUUAAAACAUACCAUUAU